AUGGCGCGUGGAUAUGCGUCCAGGGGGCGAGGUUUCCGAGGGAACUUUCGUGGGAGAGUUGGUGGCGUUCGAGGGCGCGGCGGUCGUGGCCGGGGAGGUGCCACCGCCAACACACCUGCCGCUGUUAAAGAUGACGAUGGAAGUAAAGUCGAGGCCCGUUUCGAACUGGCCCGCAUUGAAGAUGGGAUCGAGGAAAAAUUAGGAUUUUCUCGCUAUCAGGAGGGACGCCCUCGAGACGGAUGGAUGAUUAAUAUGCGCCCUACCCUUAUUAAAGAUGAUGAUGUGCCAGGGGGCAGGGCUGGAAUAGACUAUUACUUUAUACAAGAUGAUGGCGGCAUGUUCAAAGCUACAGUUCCAUAUGAACCCUACUUCUACAUCGCGUGCAAGAAAGGGAAUGAGGGCAUAGUGGAAGAGUGGCUUCUCAAGAGAUACGAGGGUUUAAUCUAUCGCAUUCUGAGGGAGAAGAAGGAAGAUUUAAAGAUGCCCAACCACCUUUUGGGAUACCAGCAAUUAUAUUUGCAGCUGAACUUUCGAAAUGUUUCCGACCUUCUAUCAGUUCGAAAAGAUCUUCUCCCAGUCGCACAGGCGAACAGCGCGAAACGCAGCGCAGUGGAUGCUUACGCUGAGGUCAUCCAAGCUGCUUCGCAUGCAACAGGACAGCUUGGUGGGGGGUUCCUGGGUGGUGUCGAAUCUGCGCCCCUUCGAGGGCAGACUCACCUUGAUCCCCGCGAACUGAUUACGGAUAUUCGGGAAUAUGAUGUCGCUUACUAUCUUCGAGUCGCAAUUGACAAUGACUAUCGCGUUGGCUACUGGUACACAGUGACAGCGUCACAAGGGGAAGUGACUCUGUCUCGCAUCACAGACCGUGUCAAGCGUGCGGAACCAGUGGUUAUGGCGUUUGAUAUCGAGACCACCAAAGCUCCACUCAAGUUCCCUGACCAGGCUAUUGAUCAAGUUAUGAUGAUAUCGUACAUGAUCGACGGGCAAGGGUUCCUCAUUACAAAUCGUGACAUUGUCAGCGAGGAUAUCGAGGACUUUGAUUACACACCCAAGCCCGAAUAUGAAGGUCCUUUCACUAUAUUCAACGAGGCAGAUGAGGAAGGUGUUCUCAGACGUUGGUUUGAACACAUUCGCGAGGCGAAGCCGACCGUUAUGGCUACAUUCAACGGAGACUUGUUCGACUUUCCUUUCGUCGACGCUCGGGCAAAAGCUCACGGGAUGGAUAUGUUCGCAGAGAUCGGUUUCGCGAAAGACUCUGAAGACGAGUACAAGAGCAGGGCUUGCGCUCACAUGGAUUGUUUCCGGUGGGUGAAGCGUGAUUCGUAUCUUCCGCAGGGAAGCCAGGGCUUGAAAGCUGUCACGACUGCAAAGUUAGGAUAUAAUCCCAUGGAAUUAGACCCUGAGCUCAUGACACCAUACGCCUCAGAGCAUCCUCAGAUCUUGGCUCAAUAUUCGGUAUCUGAUGCCGUAGCAACGUACUAUCUAUAUAUGAAAUACGUCCAUCCGUUCAUUUUCUCCCUGUGCAACAUCAUCCCGCUUAACCCGGACGACGUCCUCAGAAAAGGAUCUGGCACCCUUUGUGAAACGCUUCUUAUGGUGGAGGCCUAUCGCGGCAAAAUCAUCAUGCCAAAUCGUCAUGAAGAUCCUACUGGCAUCAUGUAUCAGGGACAUCUGCUUGCUUCUGAGACAUACGUCGGAGGUCAUGUUGAAGCCCUUGAAGCCGGUGUAUUUCGGAGUGAUAUUCCUACGCAUUUCAGAAUCGUCCCGGAAGGUGUCAACCAGUUGAUCCUGGAUUUGGACCGUGCAUUAAAGUUCUGCAUACAACAAGAAUUCAAAAAGGAUCUUUCCGACAUAACCAAUUACGAUGACGUGAAAGCGAGCAUCCAGAGUAAACUGGAAGAACUUCGAGACAAUCCGCUCCGUACCGACAAGCCCCUCAUCUAUCAUCUCGAUGUGGCUGCUAUGUACCCCAAUAUCAUGUUGUCAAAUCGCUUGCAGCCGGACUCUGUUGUGAGUGAAGCAAUGUGUGCUGUCUGCGACUACAACCGGCCUGGAAAGCAGUGCGAUCGAAGAAUGACAUGGGCUUGGCGCGGAGAGUUCUUCCCAGCACAUCGCGACGAAUUUAACAUGGUACGGAACGCGUUGGACUCAGAAAUGUUACCACCAAAACACCCUGAUGGACCAAAGCGGCGUUUUGAUGAUCUCACUGAAGCCGAGCAGACUGCCCUCCUCCACAAGCGUCUGGGUGACUACUCGCGCAAGGUGUACCGCAGAACUAAGGACACCAAAGUUGUCGAGCGUGAGGCAAUCAUUUGCCAACGGGAAAAUCCCUUCUAUAUCGACACUGUCCGCAAUUUCCGUGAUCGCCGAUAUGAAUACAAGGGUUUACAUAAGGAAUGGAAGAAGAAGCUCGAUGUGGCCCUCGGAGGCAAUUCUUUCACGGAGAUUGAGGAGGCCAGGAAAAUGAUUGUGUUGUGGGAUUCUCUCCAACUCGCUCACAAGUGUAUCCUCAACUCCUUUUACGGUUAUGUGAUGAGGAAAGGUGCUCGCUGGCAUUCUAUGGAGAUGGCUGGGAUAACGUGUCUUACUGGGGCCCGCAUUAUUCAGAUGGCUCGUCAGUUGGUCGAACAGAUCGGCCGUCCGUUGGAGCUUGACACAGAUGGGAUAUGGUGCAUGCUGCCUGGGUGCUUCCCCGAAAAUUUUGCUUUCCAAGUCAAAAGUGGAAAGCCCCUUGCAUUUUCGUAUCCAUGCACUAUGCUCAACCAUCUAGUUUAUGACCAAUUUACCAACCACCAGUACCACUCUUUCGAUAAAACCACCGAGUCGUACGCCAUUCAUAGCGAGAACUCCAUCUUUUUCGAGCUUGAUGGCCCAUACAAAGCCAUGAUUCUACCCUCCUCCAAAGAGGAAGACAAACUCCUCAAGAAGCGCUACGCUGUGUUCAACGAAGAUGGAAGUUUGGCGGAGCUGAAAGGUUUCGAGGUGAAGCGACGCGGAGAACUGCAAUUGAUCAAGAUAUUUCAAACCCAACUCUUCGAAAAAUUCCUCCUUGGGUCAACCACGGAGGAGUGUUAUGCUGCGGUUGCGAAGGUAGCGGAUCAAUGGUUGGACGUGCUCUUCAGCAAAGGAAAGAGUUUGAGCGAUGAAGAACUCGUCGACCUCAUCGCAGAAAACCGUAGUAUGUCGAAAACACUUGCGGAGUACGGGGGCCAGAAGUCAACCUCUAUCAGUACCGCGAAGCGACUUGCAGAAUUUCUUGGUUCUCAGAUGGUGAAAGACAGAGGCCUUGCCUGCAAAUUCAUCAUCUCGGCGAAACCAGCGGGUGCUCCUGUGACCGACCGUGCGGUACCUGUUGCUAUCUUCUCUGCCGAAGAGAAUGUCAAGAGGUCCUAUUUACGCAAAUGGCUACACGACAGCAGACUCACAGAUUUUGACAUUCGGACCAUACUGGACUGGGAUUACUAUAUCGAACGCUUAGGUUCUGUUAUCCAAAAGCUCAUCACAAUACCUGCCGCAAUGCAAAAGGUCUCGAACCCAGUUCCACGCAUACGCCACCCUGAUUGGCUCCAUAAACGAGUACUGAAUCGUGAUUAUGAACAGCACAAAGUCACUGACUUCUUCAAAAAAAAAGAUCCUGCGACUGCACCUAUCUCUUCUAGGUCUUUGGGCACCGGAGAUAUCGAAGAUAUUGGCAAUUCAGUGGAAAACACGGAAUUGCAGCCAAAAGUGGCGAAAGUCACCAGGCAGCAGACGACGUCGGACGCUGAACCACUUCCUGAUUAUUCCGUUAACUACUCCAAGUGGCUGAAGUAUAUGAGACCGCGAUGGAAGGCUGCUCGUGAAUACCGCGCUCGUGGGGAGAGUGAUGGAAUUAGCUUCAAUGUUCCAUCAAUGUUCCACACGUCGCUAACACGCUCUUACCGAGCCUGGGACAUCGUCCAGAUUCGGGUGACAAACACGCCUGGCAGAUUCACUAUGUGGGUUGCCAUGGAUGAUGAAUUUGUGUCCGUGCCACUUCGCAUCCCCAGACAGUUCUACAUUAAUUUCAAGGUCGCCCCUUCCGAUUUCACAUUCCAAUCCUCCUACACGGCUGAAGCAGUUACUCGCUCGCUCCCGAGAAGUCAACCCUGUCUACACCUGUACAGAAUCACUGUCGCAGAAGAUGUUUACCUCAGAUCAGAGUCACACUUUGCCAAUCUGCUGAACCAUCCCAAUGUAGAUGGAGUUUACGAGACUCAGGUGAAUUGGAUCCCAGGCGUUCUGCAACUGGGCACACGCUGCACUACCAACGACACGACAAACAUUAGCCUCAAUCGAGCCAAAGAUGUGGGCUUCGACCUACAACAAUUGAUGUUCUCUGCUCGAUCCAGCACUGCCAAAUAUCUUCCUCAGCUUCGCCCGUCUAAUAUCAUUUUCCUUUUCCAUUCCACCACAGCCCCGCGACACGUGUUCGGAGUAUUCUUUCCGAAUAACACUGUCAAAAUCCAUAUCGUUGAUAAUGGGAAAAAUAGAGAACCGCUUUCGCGUCUAAGAGAAACCUAUUCCAAUCUCCUGAAGGACUACAAAGCAAAGCUUGGUAAUUGGUCCUUCAUUCGAUAUCCACCGGAGUUGGACUUCGAGAUCACGUAUCACUCUAGCGAUGCUAUCGCGAUGAGGGCACUCUCCCGUGAACUCGGCGUGAGAGCUAAUAAAUCCACCCUCCUGGUUGUCUCUUCGAUGAAGACAAUGUCCUAUUUCGAAUCAGGCAUGCCUCGAAUCAUAAAUCACCCGGUCUUCAUGAUGCCAGGAAACAAACGGACCCACAGCUUGGAUGCCUUUCCCUGGCAGCCAGACGUUGUCAAGAAGAUGCUGACUCGCUUCCUUCAUGUUGGAGUUUGGAUCCAGGAAAGACAUGAACAUUGCUCCUACCAUAAUGUUCCUCUUGGCAACGUUAUUGGGGAUGAGGCAUUAUUUUUUGCGGACGUUGAAUUUGCGCGACGGAUGUGGAAGAGAGAUUGUCUUUUAUGGUGGUCUCCAAAUCCGAAACCGGAUCUUGGUGGACGAGAACACGAUUCGGCAGGCGAGUCAGAUGAGCUCUCUGGGGCUGAAAUAUGCGUUCCCGGGAACUAUUCCAACGUGUGUUUGUCCAUCGAGGUCAAGGAUUUGGCGUUCAAUUCUGUGAUGCAAGCUGCCUUCGUUAACGAAUUGGAAGGCAGUGGUGGUACGACUGCAUUUGACUCCACAUCUCACACCCUGGAUGAACUCGCCAAAGGAGAAACUAAUGUUUCGGCAACAUUUGGUGACACCGUGUUAGCACCUCACAUCCUUGCGGAAUUGAAAGCAUUGUUACGAUUCUGGCAUGCUGAUCGGACAACCAGCGUGGCCUCCCGAAACAUCAUUGAGCAUUUUGGAAGAUGGAUUGGCACGAAAAGCUCAUGCAUGUACGAUCCAGGCAUUCAUCGCUUCGUCCAUGGAUUGAUGAAGAAAGUCUUUCUUCAAAUGGUAGCUGAAUUCAAGAGACUUGGCUCUAGAGUUGUUCAUGGGGAUUUCGGGAGCCUCCUUCUCGUUACAUCCAAGCCACCAGGGACAGCAUAUGCUUACGCGAAUUACCUGGCAUCCGCCAUCAAUGGUAACGACCUGUUCAAGUAUGUCGCCCUUCGCACUGAUCGGUUCUACGACCACUUGCUCUACUUGGACAAAGCUAACCGAGGCGGAGUCGUGUGUAUUGACCCGGAAGCCUUGGAGCCGCCCCCGAAAGUGCCUAUGGAAGCAACAUGGAAUAUCCAGUCCUUCUUGCCGCCAUUCGUUCAAGAGUACUUUGGCCGCUUUGUCAAUCACUUCAUCAAGACGCUGUAUCUAAUUCACAGGAACCAUUCAGUCUGGAGCCGUUCACCUCUCAAGGUUCGCCAGCAACUGACACAAGACGACAACCUGAAACCCCUUGACGAUGCCGAAAGGGAAGAGAAUGAAGAGACGCGAGAUUUCAUCGCGGGGACUCUGACGAGAAGGAUGUUGCACGCUGUAACUGAAAUUGUCGAGGAACACCGUGAGGCUCUGCUGGAACCACAACUGCCGAACGAGUUCCGGUUUCCCCUUCUGCCAGGAUCACACUUGACGAUGACCAACCCUGCGCUCGAGUUCAUAAAGUUCACUUGCGCUAUCUUCUCUGCGGCUCAGGAUUACAAGCUGGAAGUAGGGCUGUUGAAGCGUAAUCUUCUUCAGUUCAUCGGGGUUCGUGAAUUUUCGGAGGAGGCGGAGUUCCGAAACCCGUGUGACCCAUUCGUUCUACCGAUGGUGAUUUGUCGUCAUUGUAACCACAUGCGAGACUUGGAUUUUUGCCGUGACCCUGAUCUGCUGGCCAUCGAGGGCGACGGGCACCGUCGAGGGCCACCCCUUUGGCAAUGUCCGGUUUGCAAAUGCGAAUACGACCGCCGUGCGAUCGAAGUUUCACUCAUCGACUCGAUCAGACGAUUGACGACUUUGUAUCAAGUGCAAGACUUGAAGUGUUCAAAGUGUGGACAAAUCAAGUCAGACAAUUUGAUGGCGCAUUGCAAAUGUUCGGGCCCCUAUGCACUCACUGACGGAAAAGUCGAGACAAGACGUAAACUCCGUACAGUCGUAAAUGUCGCAUCGUACCAUAAUUUGGGAAUGCUGAAGGAAUAUACCGAAUUUUUGCUUGAUCAUUGGUAA